UUUUUUUCUCUUUAGCAUUUCAUCAAACAUCUUGAGUGCAUUUCUGAAAACAAAAAAAAUGGAGUCAAUUUUAUGGAACUUAGAAGACAAAUGGAAGCUCUCAACUCAAGAAUCAAUUGCAUUUUUCAUUUGCACUUGUUCCUUAAUCAUUGUAAUUUGCUUAGUUACUGCUUUUUUUAAAAUAAGGGCAGCCACUAGGAGAAAGGGGUUAGUGGGCCAAGACCCGUGUAGCACGGAUAUCGAUGUAGAAUGGUCUGAACCAAAGUUACUGAGUUCGAACACUUCGGUGAAGAAAGUGCUGACGAGUACGGUGAGGUGGAGUGGGCCAAGUAAGUGGGAGGAAAAUCGGAGCACGGAGAGAGUUUCUCCGUUACUUGAGGGCGAGUCUGGGCAGUGGCAUAGCCACAACUCGAACUCGCCCGUGUGGCAAAGGCCAAUAUUGAUGGGUGAAAAGUGUGAGCUACCGAGGUUUAGUGGGCUUAUUUUGUAUGAUGAGAGAGGAAUGCCGGUUCAUCAUGUUGACAAUGAUCAAUUCAGCGUUAAUCAGGAAAAUGUGGAUGUUGUUGGGAGAACUACUCUGAAGGACUUGCUGCUGUGACUUUUGCUUUACUAUAUUCACAAUUUUUUGUAUAGAAAAUAUGUAUCAACUUAUGAGAAGGCAAAAUUAAGCAAAUCUAGCAUGUAGAUGCAUAUUUUUUUUGUUUUCUUGUUGACUUAUGUGUUAAAUUUUAAGCAGAAUUCAGGAUUCAGAGUAAAUUUGAAGUAUGUUAUAUACGAGAUAAAGGUAA